AUGAAUCAAGAUAAGACUGCAGUUUUAUUUAGCUCUAACACUAAGGAGGAAGAGAAAAGGAAAAUCAUGCAAAGUGGUGGAGCUGUAAUGAGAGGUUCCUAUGAAUCUUAUUUGGGUUUACCUCCAGUUGUGGGAAGCUCCAAGUACAAUGCCUUCAGGUGCAUCAAAGAAAAAGUAUGGAAGAAGAUAAACAAUUGGAAGAACUCCUUCCUAUCUGCAGCAGGGAAAGAAGUGCUGAUCAAAGCGGUCCUUCAGGCAGUGCCCACGUAUACUAUGAGUGUUUUCCAACUCCCAAAGCAUCUUUGCAAGGAACUCAAUGUCAUAUUGGGUAAGUUUUGGUGGGGCAAUCACCAAGCAGGGAAAGGCAUGUAA